CCCUCCCCGACGUCGGCACAAGAGAGCGUGCGUGGAGGAGAUCCAUGGCGCCGAGGGCAGGACACAGCAGCGGCUGCCGGAACUCGACGCUCCUUCUGUAGACAAGGGAUUGAGGGUUUCGUCGGCUGAAACAAAGGCGCAAACCUGUGAAGAUGAUGAUAUUUGCCAAGGUGCCCCGAAUGCGAGACAGUACCUUGAGCUUGACAAACUUCCUGAGAAGCUAAAGUUCCUCACGGUUACAAGGUGGUACGAGAUGCAGGCGAUAGAGAUUAGUGCUCCAAAUCUCUCUACUUUUCACUAUAUUGGGUCCCCAGUCGAGAUUAGUAUCAGAUAUCCUUCCCAACUUAAGGAUGUGUACUUGGCAUCUUUCGUUCCAUCAAGAAUUCUCUCUUAUGGUCGAGCCAACCUUCCAUUUAUCGCUCGCCAUGUCGAGAGGCUUACCCUGAUAUCCUGUGGUGAGAAUGUCAACACUCCAAUGCUUCCUGACAAGCUCCUCCACCUCAAGAGCUUAGGGAUUAGACUUUACAGAUCAAGAGACUCCCCUAUCUAUGAUAUAUUUUCCGUGGUUUCUUUUCUUGAUGCUUCUCCAGCCUUGGAAUCUUUCAUCUUGCAUGUAGAGAGAGAUUAUAUAAUAAACGAUUGUGUUACUGGGGACGAUUUAUACGCAAGUGGGGAGUCGGCAUACCAGCAUGAUCGCCUCAAACGGGUGAAAAUCAUGGGCUUCCAUUCAGCGAAGAGCCUGAUUAAGCUUGUGAUCCACAUCCUCGGGAGUGCUCCUUCGCUCGAGUCUCUCACGCUGGACACAACUGGUGGUCGGAAGCCUGGUGAUGCUGGCAAAUGCACCGCCUCAGGAGAGAGUCACAAAUGCUGUUGUAUGAGUGAGAGAGAUGUCGAAUAUGCUGAUAGAGCUGUGGAGGCUGCGGGCAGGUACAUCUUUGGGAGAGUUCCCUCAGCUGUUCAAUUUGAGGUGCUGGAGCCCUGCAGGCGAUGCUAUGCUGGCAACCGGUAGAUGGAUGCUGGCGGGCUUUGUCUGGUCCAACUGGCUCAUCUAGUUAUUUGCAUGUCCAUAAAAUAAACCGCCAAGUGCCCAUCUAGUCUAUCUAUAGUUAAAUUAAAGGAAGAAGUUUGUUGCAGCCUCAUCUACUUUCUUGGCAAAUAUUGAUUCUGCAACAACUGCUGAAGCUUAUGCUAUGAGGGAGGGACUCAAACUUGCUAGUGAGAUGGGCUGUAAUAAUAUUGUGAUGGAGUCAGAUUCUUUGGAAACUGUCUGAGGCCUGUACUGGGGAGAAUACAUGGCGGAAUACAUCAUCAGCUAUAUAUGCUGACUGCGACGACUAUGCUAUAAAUAUUGGAAAUGUCCACUAUCGUUUUUACCAUAGAGAAGCAAAUGAAGUUGCUCAUGAGUUAG